AUGUUUCUGCGAUCGUUUUUUUGUUUUAGUGUUUUCUUGCUAAGCGUGGUUUGUGUGGUUGCUGCUGAGGCACCAAAAGCAGCUGAAGAGAAAGUAGCUAGUCCUGUUGAAGAACCUGGUAAAAAUGGUGAGAACGGUGGUCCUAAAGGUUCUGAAAAUGAUUCUGCUGAACAUGCUGCUGGUGAAGCUGCUUGUCCUCCUGGCUCUAGUGGCGAUAAGUGUACUCAUCCUCCAACUCCUGGGCAACAACCUGGACUAACUACACCAGAAGAGCCUGCUGCUCCCUCUGCUUCGGCUCCCCAUGGUACUGUUGAUGAAGCAGGUGAUGUUAAGGAUAAUACUUCAUCCUCUGAUUCUCCUUCUACAUCUGAUAAAGCUGCCGAGGGGAGUGGAGUUACCUCUCCUGCUCACUCACAGACUGGAGACAGUGUAUCAAGUGGAAGUGAAGCAACACAAUCAUCUUCUUCCAGCGGUUUAGGCACAGAGGGUGCCGGUGGAGAUAACACUGGAACGACUGAGAAUGGAAGUACAUCCGCAGAAGGUGAGUCACCAAGCACCCAAGAAGGUGAUAUGGGUAAUACAGAAACCACCACCACCACCACCACUACCACAACAACAACAACAACACUUCCUCCUGAACUCUCAAACAACAAGAAGGGUGAUGCAGACAGCAGCAGCAGUAUCAGCAGUUCUCUGUGGGUGCGUGUACCACUACUGAUUGUGGUUACACUGGCCUGUAUUCUUGUGUGCUGA